UUGUAUGCGGUUUAUUAUACUUUAAUCAUAAUAUAUCAUCAGGUGUGUGUGUGAGAGAGAGAGAGAGACAGAGAGAUGGACUCGAGCAGUUUGCUGUAUUACUUGGAUGUGGUGUGUGGGAACGGACUGACCCUGAACACCGAGCACAGAGCAGCCUUGCACACCUCCCUGCUCAUCCUGAAGAGAAAUUACAAAUUCAACCGGGUCCUGUUCUGGGGAAAGAUCCUGGGGAUUAAAAACGAUUAUUUCAUCGCUCAGGGGGUUGGAGAAGAUGAAAUGAGGGACAGGAAGUGUUUAUACAGUUUUAACUGCAUGGACUGGCACUUGCUCCCUCCUGCCACCGAUGCCCUGGCAGCAGACGUGGCUGUAGCGGCUAAGGGACGGUUUAUAGGCGAUCCAUCACACCAGUACGAGCACACCGAGACACGGCGCCGGGGAGACGGGGAUGAUGCUGCCGAGGGAGAAGUCACGGUGAAAGUGAGUGAAGAGAACAGGCUAGCUGUGACUGUGUUCCACAUCGAUAAUGAGGUGUCUGUUGUACCGCGUGGUGCAUACAUCAAAAGCCCUCACGGCACUGUACAGACUAACCGCAGCUUUGAGGGCCUGAACCCGACAGAGGCGGCAAAGUUGAACAAUUAUUUACACUUCUCAGAGCCCAAGUACCUGAAGAAGAAAUCCAUUCUGGAAAUGGCUGAUCUAAACCCUACCAUCGACUUCCUGGAUCCUCUAAGUGAAGACAUUCCCAAAGGAUCAUGGAGUUUGCAGUUUGAGCACGGAGGCAGAGUUUGUGUGAUCCGGAGUCUGCUAUGGCUCGGCCUGACCUUCUUCCACGUGCCCGUAACAUCACAACACGGGUACAUCUACAUGGGGGAUGGCAUCAAAAACCUGGAUCUGCCUUUCAUGAUGUAGAGAUUAAAGUGACAUCCUGAUUAAUUCUUAUAAACCAACACUUUAUUCAUGUAAUGAUUUUUUAUUUUUUUUGUAAAUUUACUGAAAAUCUAUAUAGAAAUAUACUA